UCCCUUCACCCGGCACACGGGUGCCGCGCUGGAAACCUCCCGGAAGUGUCCCGGACCUGUGUGUGUGUCUGUCGUUCGGGGUCCCCCCCAAAGCUCCCGGCUCUGGCCGUGGGGGGCCGGGGAGCGGCGGCGAUGGCGGAGGCGGCGGCGGCGGCGGCGGAACGGGACGCUCGGGACAAGCUCGCCUUCUGGGACCGGAGACCCGACACGAAGGCGCCGCUCACGGAGCGCCAGAGGGACUCGGUGCUGGAGCUGAAGGCGGCGGCGGAGAACCUGCCGGUGCCCGUGGAGCUUCCAGUUGAAGACCUGAGUAACUUCACAUCCCAGUCAUUGUCCGUGGCACAUACUUCACUCGUACCUGAAUCUAUGGAAGACAUUCUCUCGAAGGGUUUCACUUCCUUAGAAAUGGAGGAGGAGAGAAUUGAAACUGCUCAGCAGUUUUUUUCAUGGUUUGCAAAAUUGCAAACUAAAAUGGAUCAGGAUGAAGAAAGUAAAUAUAGACAGAUGAGGGAUUACUUGUCUGGGUUUCAGGAGCAGUGUGAUGCUAUAUUGAAUGAUGUAAACAGUGCUCUUCAGCAUCUGGAAUCGUUGCAGAAACAGUAUCUUUUUGUGUCUAAUAAGACAGGAACCCUGCAUGAAGCUUGUGAACAGCUCCUCAAAGAACAGUCAGAACUUGUUGAUCUGGCUGAAAAUAUUCAACAAAAACUUUCCUACUUUAAUGAAUUGGAAACUAUUAACACUAAAUUGAAUUCUCCUACAUUGUCUGUGAAUAGUGAAGGAUUUAUACCUAUGCUGGCCAAGCUAGAUGAUUGUAUAACAUAUAUAUCAUCUCACCCAAAUUUUAAAGAUUAUCCUGUAUAUUUAAUGAAGUUUAAGCAAUGUCUUUCUAAAGCUUUGCACCUAAUGAAGACAUACACUGUGAAUAUACUACAAAACCUCACAAAUCAGUUAUUAAAAAGGGAUCCUUCAUCUGUACCUAAUGCAGACAAUGCCUUCACUCUUUUUUAUGUGAAAUUUAGAGCUGCUGCCCCCAAAGUCAGAACUCUUAUUGAACAGAUAGAACAACGAUCGGAAAAUAUACCUGAAUACCAACAACUACUAAAUGAUAUUCACCAGUGUUACCUUGAUCAGCGGGAGCUCCUUUUGGGCCCUAGCAUUACUUGUACUGUAACAGAAUUAACCAGCCAGAAUAACAGAGAUCAUUGUGCCUUGAUUCGCAGUGGCUGUGCUUUUAUGGUUCAUGUAUGCCAGGAUGAGCACCAACUUUACAAUGAAUUUUUCACAAAACCAACACCAAAAUUAGAUGAGCUCUUGGAGAAGCUGUGUAUAUCAUUGUAUGAUGUCUUCAGGCCAUUGAUUAUUCAUGUUAUUCACUUAGAGACUUUAUCAGAACUUUGUGGGAUUCUUAAAAAUGAGGUGCUUGAAGAUCAUGUACAGAACAAUGCUGAACAACUGGGGGCAUUUGCAGCAGGAGUGAAGCAGAUGUUAGAAGAUGUACAGGAGCGGCUAGUCUAUCGAACACACAUCUACAUCCAGACAGACAUCACAGGCUAUAAACCAGCUCCUGGAGAUCUGGCGUAUCCUGAUAAGUUAGUAAUGAUGGAGGAAAUUGCACAGAGUUUAAAAGAUGAACAGAAGAAGGUGCCUUCAGAGACUUCGUUUUCAGAUGUUCAAUUAGAAGAAGCAGAAUCCAACAGUCUAAAGAAAUCUGGUUCAACAGAAUCUCUCAAUCCUAAACCACAGAGCACAAUUUCUCCAGCAGAUCUUCAUGGAAUGUGGUACCCUACAGUUCGGAGAACUCUUGUCUGCCUUUCCAAAUUGUACAGAUGCAUAGAUAGGGCAGUGUUCCAAGGACUCUCCCAGGAAGCCUUGUCUGCCUGCAUUCAGUCCUUGCUUGUAGCAUCAGAUUCUAUCAGCAAAAACAAGACUCAGAUUGAUGGACAACUUUUCCUAAUAAAGCAUCUUUUGAUUCUCCGUGAACAAAUUGCACCAUUUCACACUGAAUUCACUAUUAAGGAAAUUUCCCUGGACCUCAAGAAAACUAGAGAUGCAGCAUUUAAAAUCCUGAACCCUAUGACUGUUCCAAGAUUUUUUAGGCUGAAUAGCAACAAUGCCUUGAUAGAGUUCUUGUUGGAGGGUACUCCUGAAAUAAGAGAGCAUUAUCUUGACUCUAAAAAAGAUGUAGACCGCCAUCUGAAGUCAGCCUGUGAGCAGUUCAUUCAGCAGCAGACCAAGUUGUUUGUGGAGCAACUGGAAGAGUUCUUGACAAAGGUUUCGGCAUUAAAAACCAUGGCCAGUCAGGGAGGCCCCAAGUAUACUCUCUCCCAGCAACCCUGGGCACAACCAGCCAAGGUCAGUGAACUUGUGACAAAUGCAUACAAGGUAAUAAAAACAAAGUUGCCUCUGACAUUGAGAAGCAUGUCCUUGUACCUAUCCAAUAAAGAUACAGAGUUCAUCUUGUUUAAACCUGUCAGGAAUAAUAUUCAACAAGUCUUCCAAAAGAUUCAUGUUUUGUUAAAGGAAGAAUUUAGCCCUGAGGAUGUCCACCUUAUUGCUUGUCCUUCUAUGGAACAGGUGAAUGUCCUUCUGUCAGCAUCUAAUUAAACAGACCAUUGACAUGGUGCGUCUAUGGACCAUCUGGUGGGGGUGGCCGGAGGGGUUGGAGGGUCGCUGAGUUCUUGCGUGGGUGCUUGUCCCCAAGAAGCGCACUCAUGUGCUGCCCAGUACUGACUGGAGAGUGGAAUUGGAGUCACACCUAGAGAGAUUGGGUGUUCCCUUUGAAAAACAUUAGAAUGCCAAAGAUUCAUAGUCUCUGAGUGAUGAUGACUGCCUUGUUGAAAUAUUUGCAAGAAACACCCAGUUUUAAACCAUAUGUAGGCCCACAGUGAGGUGGUUCUGACCAACAGAUGUGCAAUGAAAAUAGGUUAGGUGCAUAGAGAAGAAUUGUUAUACAAACACAGAACUUGUUAGAAAGCUUCUAAGAGCAAAGUUUGCCCGAGCGUGAAAUAGAGCAGCUCUUUUAACCACAAAGCAUUCCAUCGUGACUAUUACUAUUCUUUUUUUACUUCCAGAAAUGUCAUUUUUCCCACUCUAUUUAAUGAGAUGUUUCUCCUCACCUUUUGAAGUUUGAAAUAGAUAGGGUACUUCUGGGAAUUCUGCUUUCUUGGGAAUUUGGGUGUUACCUUGCUGUGGGGUUGAUAUUAGGCUGUUUCCAAUGCUAGGCCCUUGUGUAGAAACCUGACUCUAUAUUCCUUAAAGCACUUAUAGCAAGAAUAUUCAAAAGUUCAGGGCCACUGUCUCACACUGUACACAUGAGCGCCUGUGUUGAGAAUCCUCAGCGUACAGUAGUCAGUUGUGACUGAGAGAUACCAGUUAAAGUGUCAUAAGUCAGGGACUUGAGGAGAGGCAGUAGCCUGAUGAACAGCGAACCUCAUGCAUGAAGGUUAGAGUCAUCAGCCUCUUGCCUUCUGCCUCCUGCCUUCAUUCGAAUGGUUCCUUGGAAAGGAGAUGCUUUCCCGCCCUGUUCAUAUGGUGUCUGUGAUGUGUUCCAGCCUUGUGGCUCUUUCUCUAGCCCAGCAGAGCUCUGAGGACUGAGACAUUGUGCCCCUCAAACCACCCACAAUGGCAGGGAGCAUCACAGGUGUGUACUCUGCCAAUACCUCAUUCCUCAUGGGAUGCUUUGAUGGAGUAAAUGCCUGUUAUUUGGUUCCAAAGGAAUUUGGAGUAUUUCAGACUCCAGUAUAGUAGACAUGAGCCCAAGGAGGACUGGGCAGUGUUGCCUAUACACCAGGAAGUGCCACCUCCAGUGACUUGGCCUGCCUGGGCUCUGUACAAAGUCUGUUUUAACUUGUGAUGGUGUUGAAGAGGGUCCAUACUCAUUCUUUGACAUGAAUGAAUUUGGAAGAUUGUACCUAUUUCCACUGACUUUUAAACACACGUUUGAUGAACUAAAACACCCAGUUUGUGUAUUAUAUGUACAUUUGAUUUUUAAUAGCCUUUCCACCGAAAGAAAUAAAGGCAUGAUUAAUGUAUAAUUCUAUGAUUGAUUUAAUUGAUGUACAGUACAGAGUGUAUUAUUAAGAGUAAAAAAUUUGACAGCACAAAUUCUUGUGUUUUGAAUGUUAUUUCUGAAACACUGAAAUACUUUACGAAGUGCUGAGUAGGUACUAGUGAUCCAACUUGUUUGCUAAAUGAAUAUCUGUUUAAAUCUGUACAGUUCAAGUGUUCACUUAUACAUAGUGUACAUACUUUGAAAUAAUUAAUUUAAAAUGCUUUAUAUUAUUUGCUAGAAAUUGCUGUUUUUAAUAAAUGUGAAUUUUUAAAAAAUAAAGUUUUUUUGCUUCCUAUA